CACCAGAGGGACAAACCUCGCGCUGCUGCAGCGGGGUCUCGCGAUUCCAAAAUAGAGCAGCGCGUUUUCAUACCCCACAGCUCCGUGUGCCCCAAACCUCCAAAACAAGCUGUAACUGCCAAGAAUCACCGUGUGCUUAAAAAGCUUCCAUGCACUAUGUUUCAAAUGAAUACUGGUGUUACGGAGAAUCCCACACAGAGACACAAUGCCAUAACCAGCUCCCAGUCAGUGCCAGUGAUCAGCUGUUCUGGCGGAGCCUACUGUACGUGAAGGUCAGGAAACACGCGACACGAGAAUAAACUAACAUGAACCGAUCUACACAUCUACAGCGUAAUUCCAGAGGGAGCCGGGCAUACAGAGGAAAUGAAAUAAAUCAAACCAGCGAUAUGACGGACCGCGAGCUAAUGAAUGAAAAGUACUGUGAGAAUAACUCACCUGACGUUAGUACUGCAAACCCUCAGAAUCAGCCAACACGUGCGGAUGGAUACACCAAGAUACCACCAAAUGAAUCAAAACGGAGCAAACUGCAGAGGAAUGCACAGAAAGAAGAGGAGGAACUGAGGAGAUGGAAAGAGGAGAACCGGCCUGGUCCCAUUCAGCUGGCUCCAGAGAGACUAGGUGGUGCAGUGUCACUGGCAGAAGUCAGACAAAGACAGCAAGUGGAAUUACGCCAGUCAAAGCUGAGAAAAAUGCUUCGAAAAGAGGAAAUGGAUCAAAAGAAAAGACAGGCAGAGGAGGAGGAGAAUGAGAAGAAGAAGGCCUUACAGCGAGAGAAGGCCACUAAACUAGAGAUGAGGAAAAAGCAAGAAGACGAACAGAGACAGAAGCUGUACCAAGAUGACAAGCAAAUGAAAACAGAGGAGUUUCUUCAAAGAAUGGAGAGGUCCAGCAGUAGCGUUUCUAUGGCAGCAAGCAGUUCCAUACCAGCAUCAUCCUGGACUAAAAGUCAUGAGUACAGGGAUACCAGAAGAGAGGAGGAGAACUCUGACCUGCUUAAGAAGAAAGAGGAGCAGAGGAGAAAGGCAGAAAUUUUGGAGGAAAAACAAAAACAACAGGAGGAGGACAGGAAGAGACGGACUGAAGCUGACCAUCGGCGGGUGAACAUGGCCUUCCUAGACCGUCUGGAGGCGGGUAGUUCAGGUAGGGUGCCUGAACCCAUGACCCAAACCCCUGAAAGCACUAAUGUCUGGCUGGAUGAUGAUGAUGAUGACGAACCGCAGGAUACAGCCUUAUCCACAGUUCCCAACCCAUCAGAGCUCCACACAGACUCUGAAGAGGAGAAUGCGCUAGUUUGGUCCAUUAGUGUGUGGUUUAGUGUGGGAUCAAGAUGCCGUUGUUUGCGGAACAGGCUGGCAGAAGCACUGCGGUGGAGACGAGUUCUCCCACCCUGUCUGUCCUGCUCCAUGAACCAGAUGAACCAGCAGGGAGAUUGUGGCCAUAUGUGGACCCUGAUGAAACUCCAGAAUAGGUUUCCAUACUAUGAGCUUGAUAUGCUGGAAGAGAUCAUCAAGCAGUGCAAUGGCAAUUACCAGCAAGCAUAUGAGCUGCUUGAUGUGUAAAUACUUUCUCGUUUUGAUCCUCAGUGAUAGAUUGAUCCUAAUGUUGUUUUGUGAGUUAAUAAUAAUUUUUGGGUGAACUGCCCCUUUACUUAAUGAAGAUGAUGAGCUUAAACCAAACAAUCUAGUGUCCUUUGAACUGAAACAAAAACUUCUUUUUUAGUUUGUGCAGUUAUUUUUGCUCUGACACUAAAUGGACUGACACUUAGUCACAGAGAAAAUAAAUCAAAACAAUAAAUCAAGAUUUGAGUCUGCUGUGGGAACAUUUAUGGAUCCCAUGGAUACAAUUAACAGGCUAAAUGAUGUGCGUUCACUAAAUUCAAAGGCUAAUUUAUAAUGAGGUAAAGGACUGAACUCAUCCACCAUAGGGAUGGACAGUGAAAAACCAAACCAUCAUACACAUCAUUAGCUUCCUGAAUGCUGUAUAGGUUUCUGCUAAAACUGCAUGAAUUUAAAAAGGCUCCCUCUAUGUAUGUGAAAUAGAGUGCAACAGACGGGUUCGUGGAGUAAAAAUCCCAUCCAUUUUCUCCAUUGGGGAAUUAACCGUUAGCGGCUUUAACAUGGGAGAGAGCUAUGAAGCAUUGUGAGUGAUAUAAAAUAAAAUGAUGGAGAAAUAAAAAAAACGAUUAAUUUAAAGAUGUUUUUAAUAUAUAGAAAAAAUAUACAAUAAUAUGUGAGUAGGUUACGAAAAUAUCUUUGGCAGUGCUUCAUGGGAGUGCUGAAGAGUUCUUUUAAUCCUGAUUCGCUUUCCAACAUUCUCUGAUUGAGACAUUUUUCAACAGGAAUUAUGCAGUUAAACACAAUUAUUUAAAAUAUAAAUUGAAAUAAUAAUACUGAUAGCAUCAACAAAAUCUCAUGCCAGUUCCACUGAUUAACAACCUCGUAGCUCACAGUACAGUAGGUCUCUCUUUAAGUACAUAGUCUUAACCUUUUUUUUGUAAUGUGAUCCACCUCUUAGCUGGAUGGUUUGGUUCAUGGCUUAAAUUUUCUUUUUUUUUUUUUUAAUUCAUAUGGGAAAAUGAGUGGGAAAAAUACUUUUGGAACAGAUGCGGCAGAAAAAGUAGGCAGUCACAGUUGCACUCUAUUCAGAAGAUUUAAUCCUGAAGCAAUAGAAGAGACAUUUAAUGGGUGCGUUGUCCUGAAAAAAAUGAUUCAAAGGUGUCCACAUGCAGAAAAUAAAUAAAUAAAUAAGUUCCUGGAUUUGUGUUGAUGUGUUUAGAAAAUUGCCUAAACUAACACAAAGUAAAUUCAGCAUCUUUAUUGAUUAAGUCAUUUUACAAAUAUGUGUAAGAGAGACACAAAUGGCACCAAUUUUGGCGAUGAUGCAGAAAGAGCUGGUGUUUUUGACUCAAGGAGUCAAGGAGUUCAGGUUCAAGUGUGGCCAAAACAUCAACUUGUACAUCCCGCGGCACAGUUUUCUUGCUCUUCAAAGGUUUUUACCCUGCUUAGUGAACAAAAUAAUGCAGUUGAUUCCAUGUGAAUCGUAAUUAGCUACCUUGUGUUUUUGUUGAACCGCGAUCAAUCGUGUUCCUGCACAGGAAAAUUUCUCAUGUAAAUGUGUUCGCUGCAUUAAACAUGCCGUUUCCUGUGA